AUGAAUGGAAAGCAGAGGACUCUCUUCCAGGCCUGGGGGUCCACUGUGGCCCCUGAGCCCCAAGCUAAGGAGGCCAAGCCUGCCAAGAGGAGGAAGGGUGUCCCCUUCCAGAGAAACCCCAAUGUGGUCCCACCACCUCCAGCCUGGCAGGCAACACCCCAGCUGGGAGAGGAUGAGGAUGAUGAUGUGCUGCUGGUGGCCGUGUAUGAGGCUGAGAAAACAUUAAAUGAAGCUGACCAUGCUCCUGACCCCCUGGGCUCUGUCCUCCAUCCCUCCGGUGCUCCUGACCCCCUGGGCUCUGUCCCCCAUCCCUCCAGUGCUUCUGACCCCCUGGGCACCGGUCACCAUCCUGACAUCCAGAACCUCCCAGGCUUUGACCUGUCCGCCGGCAGGGUCUGGAUCUACCCCACCAACUACCCCAUCCGGGAGUACCAGCUGACCAUGGCGCACACCUCCCUCUUCCACAACACCCUGGUUUGUCUGCCCACCGGCUUGGGAAAGACCUUCAUUGCUGCCGUGGUGAUGUACAACUUCUACCGCUGGUACCCAUCUGGGAAGAUCGUCUUUAUGGCUCCCACUAAGCCUCUGGUGGCCCAGCAGAUUGAAGCCUGCUUCAGGGUCAUGGGUAUUCCUCAGGAGCACAUGGUGGUGAUGACAGGUAAUACUCAAGUGCAGAAGCGCAAAGACAUGUGGCACUCCCACAGGGUCUUUUUCCUAACACCACAGGUCAUG